AUGGCGCGGUGUUACAUUCUGGCAUCUAUGUCGAAUGUUCUGCAAUAUCAGCAUCAGUCUAUGGAGCCUGCUUAUGACAUUCUGGAAAAUCUCAAAGAGAUGUUUGGAGAUCAGAACCGUGCGGCUAAGCAGACUGCCAUGAAAGCUCUUCUGAAUACCAAAAUAGUUGAAGGUUCAUCUGUUAGGGACUAUGUUUUGAAGAUGAUGAGUCUUCUGAAUAAAUUGGAGGUCCUUAGAGCUAACAUUGAUAAGGAUACGCAGGUUGAAAUGAUCCUGCAGACUCUACCUGACAGUUUUCAGCAGUUUUGCCUGAAUUAUAAUAUGAACAAAACGGAUUUGUCACUUGUGAAAUUACUGAAUGGACUGCAGUCAUCAGAGACUAUUAUCAAGCAACAAGCUCCUCCUGUGGCAUUAAAUUUUGAGGUAGGUUCUUCUUCUAAGCUGAGAGGCGGACAAAAGAAGAAAAAGGCUAAAAAAACCCUCUGUUGGUAG